AAACAUUAACAACUCCAAACCCAGCACCGAUUUUUUUUUUUUUAAAAAAGGAAAAAAAGAAAAAAGAAAAAAAAAGGUCUCAGCACGCGCUGGUUCUUCUCUCUUUGUCGUCUUCUUCCUCCUUGAAAUCCUUUGGUCUGAGAUCGAACAGAUGUGGAUCCAGCACCAUCAACGAGAGGAGGAGGAGGAGGAGAAGCAGAGGGGAUCCGAUUUCUCAUGAAGAAGAGGCCACGUCAUCAUCAUCCUAGGGCUCCUUCAGCUACCACCACGAUGAUGAGGUCAAAGAAGGUCUUUGGGAUAUCUUUAUCCCUCAUUCUUAUCAACUUGGCUUCUAUAAUGGAACGUGCCGAUGAAAAUCUUCUUCCCUCUGUCUAUAGAGAAGUUAGUGCAGCCUUCAAUGCUGGACCUACCGAUCUUGGAUACCUUACUUUCAUAAGGAACUUUGUGCAAGCAUUAUCCUCUCCUUUGGCAGGUAUUCUUGCCCUUAACUACGACCGGCCAUCAGUUCUUGCUUUAGGAACUGCUUGCUGGGCUUUAUCAACAGCUGCAGUCGGUGCUUGUCAGCAAUUUCAGCAGGUUGCUUUCUGGAGAGCUGUAAAUGGCCUGGGGCUUGCCCUUGUUAUCCCUGCUCUCCAAUCUUUUAUCGCAGAUAGUUAUAAGGAUGGUUCGAGGGGUGCUGGAUUUGGAUUCUUGAACCUUAUUGGAUCAAUCGGGGGUAUAGGAGGCGGUGUUUUGGCUACAAUAAUGGCUGGGCAAGUGUAUUGGAAUCUUCCAGGAUGGCGAUUUGCCUUCAUCAUGAUGGCAUUGUUGAGUUUGCUAAUUGGGUUUCUUGUGUUUAUGUUUGUUGUUGAUCCUAGAAGAUCCACUCUUAGUGCACAUGGUUCUGAUCAGAACUUAGAGAGAGCCAAUUUAAUGGGAAAGGCGAAUGCUGCUCUCCCUCUGUGGAACGAAUCUUGGACAACAAUGAAAGCCGUAAUGAAAGUGCAAACAUUUCAAAUCAUUGUCCUGCAGGGUAUUGUCGGCAUGUUCCCAUGGACUGCCAUGGUUUUCUUCACCAUGUGGUUUGAACUGAUCGGGUUUGACAACAAAAGCUCGGCUGCACUAAAUAGCCUAUUCGCAGUUGGAUGUGCCACAGGCUCACUACUCGGUGGACUAGUAGCAGACUUUAUAUCACGGUUCUACCCAGAUACAGGCAGGAUAAUGUGCGCACAAUUUAGUGCAUUUAUGGGCAUCCCUUUCUCAUAUUAUCUCCUCACCUCCAUUCCCCAAUCCACCGAUAACUGGUCAACAUUCGCUUGUACUCUCUUCUUUAUGGGACUAACCAUAAGCUGGUGUGCUACUUGUGCAAAUAAUCCAAUGUUUGCUGAAGUUGUUCCUCCGAAACAUAGAACCAUGAUUUAUGCCUUUGAUCGGGCAUUUGAAGGCUCGUUUUCGUCUUUUGCAGCUCCUGCUGUUGGAAUACUGACUGAAAAGUUUUACGGGUAUGAUUCAAAAUCUGCGAGUUUGUUGCAUGGGUCGGCUCCAGAGGCGUUGGCUCUUUCGAGGGGGUUAUUGACUAUGAUGGCUGUUCCUUUUGGGUUGUGUUGCUUGUUUUAUAGUCCUUUGUAUUUUGUGUUUAGACGAGAUAGAGAUAGUGCUAGAAUGGCUAGUGUGAAGGAGCUGGAAAUAACUUGAAGGGAGCUUCGGUUUUGUUGUUACCACACGAAAUCCGAUUCUUGUUGUUAUCACACGAAAUCUGAUUCUUGUUGUAAUGGUUAUUUACAUAUUUAUUUUUUUUCUUUUUGAGAAACUUUUGUUGUUGUAACAGAGAGGUCUAAGAAUUAAUCAGACACGAUGUAGAGAUUCUUGAAAUGCAAAUUUCAAUUUUCCUUGCUGUUUCAAAUAA